AGUUUGUUUAUUCGUGGAAUGCAGUGUGUGAUGAAACGUGUUACUAACCCCCUUCUACAACAAUCAAAUGAAACCGAUUGGGACAUUCUGUAGCCUACAGCCCGGACUUUGGGAACGCGUACGGUGCUAUUACGCACGGAUGUCGCUCGGCUCAACCUGGAAGUGCGCUGGGUCUAUCCGGAGGCUCGGCGGAGAGUAGGUGUCUUUGUAAAACAUAAAGAUCUGAAUUACAGCGACUGUUAUCUGGACGAGCGGUUGACGUUGUCACAACAACUGUGGCCACAGUCUGAGGCAAAGAACUUCGGGAGAUCCCGGCGAUCUCCGUGGCGAGCAACUUGGCCCGAUCCGUUUGAAGAGCGACUCCUCGCUGCGUGUUGAAUAUGAAAGACGCGCUCCACAGACUCACUGCGAUGACAUUCCACUAGUAGUCGAGAUAAGCUUUACGCGGAGGCUACCAGCUGGUUGCUAAGAAGGGUUAAACUGUAUCCAAAGGGAGUUGGAAAACCCAGCCUUUCUUCCUGCUCAGAUCAACUCAUUGGGUGGGAGCUGAGAGAGAGACAAGAGUCCCCAGCAAAUCAGGAGCUAAUUGAUUAAAGAGACUUCAUUUGAAUAGGGGGCUGGCGAGGUGCCAAUCGCCUUUCAAAGAAGCCCCCGUAUGAUUAAUCGCAGAGCAUUAUUGAUAAUCAUAACGGGGCACAUGCGCGGUGGAUGGGCUGGAGUUUGGUAAUUUUGAGGAGAUUUUUUAGUCAUUUUUUAUUCUUUGCUCGCUGAUGUGCCAGCCAGCAUGUCGCGGAGGAAACAAGCGAAGCCGCAACACUUCCAGACCGACCCUCAUGUGCCCUUAUCGGAGCACAAUGGGGACACAGAGCAUUGCUCGGAAGAGCCCCCCUGUAAGGAGUCAGAUGCCCACGUCUGCGGCAGAUGUUGCGCCGAGUUCUUUGAGAUAUCGGAUCUUGAAGAACACCAGAAGAAUUGCACUAAGAAUCAAUUAGUUCUGAUAGUGAAUGAAAAUCCCGCCUCCCCGGCCGAAUCCUUCUCACCCGGAUCCCCCCCCCAUAAUCCCGACGACCCCAUGAAUGACACGGCUAAUACCACCGAUCAGGCUGAGGGCAGUGACCUUCUGGAGUCCAUCACACUCGAUAAAGCAGAAUCCAUGGACGUGGACGUCAGCAGUGGACAUGAGGAGGAGGGCGGUCACACGGAACCCGGGAGCCCCGACGACGGCGACGGAAACCACGGCGGCAGGGAGAGCUCAGGUCCCGCCUCAGCUACCUCCGUUAUCACCGCCCCUCAGCCCCCGCAGCUCGGCAAACUGACCGGCCUGGGAAGCUUCUCCAUGAUCAACAGCAACGUCAUCAUUGAAAACCUCCAGAGCACCAAAGUGGCCGUUGCACAGUUCUCCCAGGACACCCGUACCCCAGGGGCACCACGGGUGGCCGUGCCCGCUCUGAUGGAGCAGCUCCUCGCGCUGCAGCAGCAACAGAUCCACCAGCUGCAGCUCAUCGAGCAGAUCCGCCACCACAUAUUGCUACUGGCAUCGCAGUCUCCUGAAAUGCAAGCACCCCCAAGUUCUACUCCAGGCACAAUGGGGUCCACUGCCAGCCCACUGACCACGCUGAGCUCCCAUCUCUCCCAGCAGCUGGCAGCAGCCGCGGGCCUCGCACAGAGCCUGGCUAGUCAGUCAGCCAGUAUCAGCAGCCUCAAACAGCUGGCCGCAGCAGCACAGCUACCUCAGCCUAACCCUGGCAGAAGUGAGACAUCUCAGACCAUUAGCACACUAGGGCCAACAACAAUCAAUGCCCAUUCCUCUGACAAGAGGCCCACUCAUUUAAGCAGCCUCCACUCUCAACUUAGCAACCCCUCACUUACUAAGUCCUCUACGCCAGCAUUUGGGAUAGGUAGCCUGUUCAAUUCUGCAGUGAAUCCACUUCUACCUCAGCCCCCACCUGGCAACUCUAUGUUUUCGAGCACUCUCCCGAGUGUUGGCACCACUGUUGAAGACCUUAGUUCAUUAGCAGCACUGGCGCAACAGAGGAAAGGCAAACCACCAAACGUAACUUCUUUUGAACACAAGAGCAGCUCAGAGGAAGCUUUCUUUAAGCAUAAGUGCAGGUUCUGUGCCAAGGUCUUUGGGAGCGACAGCGCCUUGCAGAUCCACUUGCGCUCACAUACCGGGGAAAGACCAUACAAGUGUAACAUCUGUGGAAACCGCUUCUCCACCCGUGGAAACCUGAAGGUCCAUUUCCAGCGACAUAAAGAUAAGUACCCACACAUUCAGAUGAACCCAUAUCCCGUUCCUGAACAUUUAGAUAACAUACCGACAAACACAGGUAUUCCCUAUGGUAUGUCUAUGCCCCCUGAAAAGCCUGUCACCAGCUGGCUGGACAGCAAACCAGUCUUGUCAACUUUGACAUCAUCUGUUGGCAUGCUGCUGCCACCUACAAUGCCUAGCCUACCACAUUUCAUUAAAAAAGAGGAUCAUUCCAUAGCCAUAACAAGCCCUUCGAUAGCAUCAAAGAAUGACUCAGGUGCUGAUCUUUCGACCAAGAGCAAUGAUGGCGCAUCGGAAGAGGGAGAAAGUGCAACCCUGCCUACCUCAAACGGGAAAUCUGAAGAAGGCAGUCAUUCCUCAAGCUUUCCAGCAAGUUUGAGCUCUACCUUUGAGAGUAUGGCAGAGUACACCACAUCAAACAGCCCCCCAAUGAUGACCAACCCUCUAAUGCCUCUCAUGUCUGAUCAGUUCAAGGCUAAGUUCCCAUUUGGGGGCAUUCUGGAUCCCCUCCAAGGUUCAGAGACCUCAAAGCUACAACAGCUCGUGGAGAACAUUGACAGAAAAGUGACGGACCCAAAUGAAUGUGUCAUCUGCCACCGUAUACUCAGCUGUCAGAGCGCUCUGAAAAUGCAUUACCGCACUCACACCGGGGAAAGGCCAUUCAAGUGUAAAGUCUGUGGCAGGGCGUUCACCACAAAGGGUAAUCUGAAAACUCACUACAGUGUCCAUAGGGCCAUGCCUCCUCUGAGAGUCCAGCACUCCUGCCCAAUUUGUCAGAAGAAGUUCACUAACGCUGUGGUUCUGCAACAGCACAUUCGCAUGCACAUGGGGGGGCAGAUCCCAAACACCCCGCUGCCCGACAGCUACCCAGAGUCCAUGGUCUCUGACACAGGCUCUUUCGAGGAGGCCAACUUUGAUGACCUCGACACCUUCUCAGAUGACAUUGAAGGCAUGGAGGAGGGCCUCGAUGGCAGUGUGCCGGACACACCCAGGUCUGCCGAUGCCUUCCACGACAGCCUGUGCAGCUCCCCGACUCCUCCUGAUAUGACUCUCCAAGACGUGCAAGACAGGGCCAGAGAGGAGCAUCAUGGGAUCAUCCACCAGAAUAACGAAACCGACGAACAUCAUAUGAGCCGUAUGAGGGCAAUGUUGAACGGUUCGAUGGAAGUAGAUUGCCUCACCAAUGACUCUUCGUCUCUGGGAGGGGAUGGUGAAAGUCAAAGCCCUGGGAGUCCAGCCGUGUCAGAAACUACCUCCUCCAUGCAGGCCCCAUCCCCCACAAAUGGGCAGCCAGAACAGCGUAAAUCCCCCAGUUUGGAAGAGAGGCACCAGAGGGCCUUAUCCCUGGAGCACAUUAGUGCGAGUCUCAUGCACUCUCACCCUUCCAGCAUAGGAGCACUAGACCUCACAUCUGUCAAUCCUUUGAAAGAACCACUGGGCAUGAUGUUCCCCUUCCGUGAGCGGAGCACCAUCAGAAACACAGCCUGUGACAUCUGUGGGAAGACAUUUGCUUGUCAGAGUGCCUUGGAUAUCCACUAUCGAAGCCAUACCAAAGAACGACCAUUCAUUUGCACGGCUUGUAAUCGAGGUUUCUCAACCAAAGGCAACUUGAAGCAGCAUAUGCUCACGCAUCAGAUGAGGGACUUGCCCUCCCAGCUUUUCGAGCCCUCCACUACCAGCAUCUGCUCCAGCCCCACUCCCUCCUUCCUCUCCGUGAGCUCCUUCAUCAAGCCGGAGGUCAACGGGUUCUUCAGCAGCUUCCACCCGGAGAUCAGGGAGAUGCCCCCCGGCCUGGUCACCUCCUCGGCCUCCACCUCUCCUGUGCUCUCCAACGCCCCGCCGCGUCGGACUCCCAAGCAGCACUACUGCAACACUUGUGGGAAGACCUUCUCCUCGUCCAGCGCCCUCCAGAUCCAUGAGAGAACUCACACCGGCGAGAAGCCAUUCGCCUGCUCCAUCUGCGGCCGGGCCUUCACCACCAAAGGCAACCUGAAGGUUCACAUGGGUACACACAUGUGGAACAGCGCCCCGGCCAGAAGGGGCCGUAGGCUCUCGGUGGACGGCCCCAUGGCCUUCCUGGGGACCAACCCCAUCAAGUUCCCGGAGAUCUUCCAGAAGGACAUGCCUUCGAGGCUCAGCAACGGAGACCCCACCAGCUUCUGGAACCAGUACGCCGCCGCCUUCUCCAGCGGCCUGGCCAUGAAGGCCAACGAGAUCUCGGUGAUCCAGAGCGGAGGCGUGCCAUCCAUGUCCGGCAGCCUGGGGAACGGGGGCAGCUCCCCCAUCGGGGGGCUGACGGGCAGCCUGGACAAGCUGCACGGGGCGGGCCCCAACACCGCUCUGGCCGGCCUGGAGAAGAUGGCCAACACGGAGAACGGGACCCACUUCCGGUUCACCCGCUUCAUGGAGGACAAUAAAGAGAUUGCCACUAACUAGGGGGGGGGGGGGUACGUGGACGGAGGACGGAGGCCCUGCGGUCGUACUGUACACUUAGAGAGAGGAGGGCGACAACAGGCGAGGACAAACACGAGAAAAAAUGAACUGAUGGGAAGUGCUUUGGCUUGCCGUCGAAAACUUUACGGACAGUUGUGAAGACAAGUAGCUUUUUUUGUACAAUGUACAACAUGUAAAAGUUUUAAUGAGCUUAUUUAUUAGUGAUAAUAACCUUGCUUGAAACCAAGUGGAAGCAUUAACAGUUCGUUUUCUUUGUUUAAAAGCCAGAAUGGGUAUACGAGUGCUUAAAAAAUGUGCUUUUGAAACUAUCUGAGUAGAUAACCUUAACUCGGCAUUAAGUUAUUUUCCGUCUGUAUUAGAUAUAACAAAACUGUCAAUGUUCAUGUGAUGCUUUAGCUGUGUAAUAAGCAAAAAGCCUGGCUGUAAAUAUUUGUACACUGAUUUCUUCUAGACGGUUUAACAUCUGUGUAUUCAUGUCAACCUAUAGAAAAAACAUCAAAAACAAAACAACGGAACUUCGAACGCUAUUUACUUUUUAUUUUAUUUAAGGAAGAAGAAAAGACAUACGUGUUUGCUGCAUUCCUAGGGCCUCUUUAGUGUUAACCUGUUUUUUUCGUUUCCCUCGUUUCUGUCCCUUGUACUUUUUACUUUUUUGUUUACUUCCACAGUUAACAUUUCUUUCUGUAUCUUAUUGUUUUUCGUUGUGUUAAGUUGUGCGGUUGAGAGAGUAAUCGUUUGCAAAAGAGGGGACCCUAGGACACACGACGCCACUCGUACGGGACAGGGCGACGCUUCAGGGCCCCGACUGGAUCUCCACAUUGCUGCUAUGUCUUAGCAUUCGCAUUGACAUCAGAUGCAACGCUACACACACACACACACACACACACACACACACACACACACACACACACACACACACACACACACACACACACACACACAUACACACACACGCACACACGCACGCACACUUCUGUAAAUACAUUCAGAUGUGGAAAUAAAAACUCCCUCACAACAAAAUGUACAUAUAGCUUAUACACACAAACAAGUUCAGUGUGACCAGGGGACAAAAUGAUAGUGUUUUUAUAAAUAUAAAUAUAUAUUAGGUUUGACAACCUUUCGGACUGUUACAUGCACUUUCUUGGAAAGUUGGAAGAUCAUUAUGGGUCCAGUUUCUCUACACUUUAAUACCUACUAACAACUAAGAUACUGUAAUUCUUUACUCUAAUAAUCAAAUACAACAGUUUUCCAAAAGAAA